AUGGAACACAAAGACAACAGCUCCACCGUGGAACUCAAAGACAAAAGCUCCACCGUGGAACACAAAGACAACAGCUCCACCAUGGAACUCAAAGACAACAGCUCCACCGUGGGACACAUAGACAACAGGUCCACCAUGGAACACAAAGACAACAGGUCCACCAUGGAAUUCAAAGACAACAGCUCCACUAUGGAAUUCAAAGACAACAGCUCCACUGUGGAGCACAAAGACAGCACCUCCAUCAUGGAACACAAAGACAACAGCUCCACCGUAGAACACAGAGACAACAGCUCUACUGUGGAGCAUAAAGACAACACCAGUUCUACCAUGGAGACAAAGAGAACAGAUUUACAGAAGGUAAACACUGUGGAGAACUCUGAGGUAAACAUUGAGGAGAACUCUGAAGUGAACACUGAGGUUAACAUUGAGGAGAACUCUGAGGUAAACGCUGAGGUGAACACUGAGGUAAACACUGAGGAGAACUCUGAGGUAAACACUGAGGAGAACUCUGAGGUAAACGCUGAGGUGAACACUGAGGUAAACACUGUGGAGAACUCUGAGGUAAACACUGAGGAGAACUCUGAGGUAAACAUUGAGGAGAACUCUGAAGUGAACACUGAGGUUAACAUUGAGGAGAACUCUGAGGUAAACGCUGAGGUGAACACUGAGGUAAACACUGAGGAGAACUCUGAGGUAAACACUGAGGAGAACUCUGAGGUAAACGCUGAGGUGAACACUGAGGUAAACACUGUGGAGAACUCUGAGGUAAACACUGAGGAGAACUCUGAGCUAAACACUGAAGUAAACACUGAGGAGAACUCUGAGCUAAACACUGAAGUAAACACUGAGGAGAAUUCUGAGGUGAACACUGAGUCAUUUGCAGUAUUUUCUCUAUGCCAAUCCAGAGGAUUUACCAAUCAGGACAAUACAUGUUCCACAUUCUCCAGUUCUUAA